AUGCCGACGCCAACUGAACUCUUUUUGGCCGAGAGGUGUUUAGAAAAGGAGCUGCAGUGUAUCUAUGGCAAAGUGAUCCAGGACAAUGAAGAUUUUCGAGCAACCUAUCUCUACGUCUUAACUGGACGUGGUGCUUCACCGGUAGACCACCCUGCUGCCUGGAGAGAGCCGAGAUUACAAUCAGUAAGCUCUCUCAGUGAGGUAAUUAAUAACAUUCUAUCUUCCAGUAGCCGUUUGCAAUACUCAUCAUCGUUUUAUCAGUCGAGCUCCUCCCGCAGAUUUAUAGGCUCAUACAUCGCUCACAACAUUGAUCUCAUCAAUCGGGUUCCAUUUACUCCACCUCGUUUUGAUUUGAUUGAUAUGAGAACGAAUUUACCGAUAGCCGCAAUUAACAUGUCGAAGUUUGUGUACUUUCGCUACCAUCAUUUGCCCGCCAGAGAACUCAGAACAGCCUCUCCCCCUCGUAUUGGAAGAAGGCCCGACCACCGAGAUUUUGAAAACUACAGGAGAUCUAUUGAAAUGUUUGUGAGCGACAUUGGAGAGCGAACGAUAGAACGAGCCCGAAGAAUCACAUCUAUGAUUGUGCUGGCAAACGUCAUGAGCGAAGAGUUUAAACGAAGAUGUAGAACGAUAGCGAAUCACUUCCAAUUGGAGACGUUCUUCUACAACUCCGUGACCGAUGACCAAUUGUACUAUGUCUUUACUGAUUUUUGGUCGUCUAUUGACUUUAGGUCCCUUCUAGUUAGCGAUGAGCUCCCACAGUCUCCUACAGAGCAAGAUAAAUGGCGAUUUCAAUUGAGAAGGUUUACCAAAGUGACGUUUGCUUGUUUAGCACGUGAUUACUUCAAAUACUGCUUGCAGGUGACAAGGUUAAAGAAGGGCCAUAAUCGAUGUGAUUCGACGCAACCGUCAGAACGGGAGGAGAAGCUUAAUGAGGAGAAGGCCACUUACGAACGAUUGUGUCGGAACCUGAGGGACUAUCCCAAUAUAACUAGGGGAAAUGAAUUUGUCAGAGAUUUGCACAUAGAGACUCUUGCGCCUCCCGACGAAGAUACACAGCUCAUUACAGAACUGCCAGCUAUCGAGAUACAAGAAGGUCAUAUUCCACGCGGUGGGAUGAUUUUUUUCGAUGUAGAGAAAGAGAGAAAACGCUUCAGUACGGGUUUGCAGAAAGUAGCGGACGAGUGGCGGAAGCCGCCAGCGUUGGUGCUUUUGAAGGACGCUCGGGAUUUUUAUGCUACGCGGAAUUUCCUCGUUGACUGCAAUCCACCCAUGUAA